UGGAAGAGUAACAGUAUGUUGGCCAUUAAUGAAAAGGAGACCAUGCAGCUUCUAAAUGACCGACUUUCAUCCUACAUGGAGAGAGUGCGCUCACUGGAGCAAGAAAAUGCUGAAUUAGAGAAAAAAAUCUGUGAACGAUAUGCCAACAAUGUCUCAGACUCGUUCCCUGACUUCAGUCAUUAUUUCAAGAUUAUUGAAGAGCUUCAGGCUCAGAUUGCCGCAGCCACUGUGGAAAAUGCCAGGAUUGUCCUGCAGAUAGACAAUGCACGACUGGCUGCUGAAGACUUUAAGAACAAGUACGAGACUGAGCUUAGACUGAGGACCGGUGUUGAGUCGGAUGUGCAUGGUUUGCGUAGAAUCCUGGAUGAGCUUAACAUGGAGAGACAGGACCUGGAAAUGCAGGUUCAAUCCCUCCAGGAUGAACUUCUCCAAAUAAAGAAGGCCCAGGAAGAGGAGGUAAGUGCUCUGCGUGCCCAGCUUGGAGCCAGAGUCAAUGUAGAAGUCAACGCUGCUCCAUCUUCAGAUCUCAAUAAAACUUUAGCAGAGAUCAGAGAGCAAUAUGAGAAUCUCAUGGAGAGGAACAUGAGGGAGGCUGAAAAUAUGUUCCAGCAGAGGAUUGCAGAGCUGAAUCGUGAAGUGUCUUCCGAUUCCGAACAAUUACAGUCCGCUCUCAAUGAACUUAUCGACCUGAAGAGAUGUGUUCAGACCCUAGAGAUCGAGCUUCAAGCACAACUUCGUAUGAAAUCAGCCCUGGAGUGCAGUUUGGCGGAGACCCAGGCCAGCUAUUCUUCUCAGCUCGGUCAAUUACAAGGUGUGAUCGACAAUGUAGAAGCUCAGCUGGCACAAAUCCGGUCAGAUCUGGAGAGACAGAACUAUGAGUACAAGGUUCUAAUGGACCAGAAAACCCAUUUGGAAAUGGAAAUUGCUACUUACAAACGCCUGUUGGAAGGACAUGAAAUAAAUCUUCCAGCCCAGCAGUCAUGUGGAGGAAAAGACGGUUCUCAGCAAAACAAAUAAUUGAAACACUUUGAUGGUGCUGGAGAAAAAUGAACCCAUUAAACAACUUGAAGAAACAUGUCAGUCAUCCCAAAAUGACAAAACAAAGUCAUUUUAUAAGAUACAGCAGAAAACUAAUAACUAAAACACCAUUUGAAAUAAAUUAUCUUUGCAUGCUACUUCUUUCUGUCAUUUUAUUUUCUGAUCCUGCUGCACU